CUUUUCCUGGACGACACCAAAGUCAAGAACUUCAUCACCUGCUUCAAAGACGUCGCCUUCCUCACUUUCUUCUUCAAACGAUUGGAACGGAACCGGAGCGGUCGUUACGAAGAAGAAUUCCCUUUUCUUUCCCUUUGCGGUCGCGAACGUAAUUUCCUUCGUUGCGACGAUCGUCCCAUCGUCUUCACCCAACUCUUGAGCGACGCCGCUCAACGACGGUUCCUCUCCUACUGCGGCGCCGGCGAAAGGUUGACCGUACCCUUUCAACCGGAGAGUUUGGUCAUGUUACCGACUAACGGACGGCUCUACCACCCGGCGCCGGCGAAAGCGGGCGGCGUCGGUUUGGUACGGUCGGCGUUGGCCAUGGAAUGGAGUUCCUCUUUCGAGUACGGAGAAGGAUGGACGCGACCCCCCACCCAUUUUUUUUGGGAAGGGCGACGGUACCGCCUGACCGAGGAAUUGCUGCCUUUCGGCAGCGAUUUAUUAACGGGGUUAAUUAAUCGGCGGAAGGAAGAUCUGGACGCCGAUCCCGUCCCGGUGACAUGA